AAACUGUUGCACUGUUGUACAACUGCAUCUGUUUGUUAAUAGGAUUGCAACCUAAUACUAGUGCACUUCCACCAUGGAAACACAAGAUGGUUGGUUUUAUAAGUUAUGGGUGCUCUCUAAAGCAGUGAAUUGCCCUGUGGAUUAACGCACCUGUGUGUUUAUACUAAACUUUGCACUAAGUUUUUUUUUCUUCCAUAUUAAAUGCAGCAACCAAGUAUCGGAUAACGGUCACUAAAAUUUCACUUGUGUUUUCAUUAAGGUCGAAUGGGAAUGCAAUAUGUAAAGUUGCAUAUUGAGGAAGUAUGUUGUCACCUGACCCUAAAGCAUAGGUAAAUUACAUCCAAGUGAGGAUUUAAUUGUCAGAGGUAGUUGCUGUGGUGCAUUUGAUUUCUAUAAGGGAGGCAGUCAAUUCUAUGUUAAUUCUUAGUGCUUGUCCACAGAUUGAUACCCAUAAUUCCUCACCAUUUUUUUGAACAAAUGAAAUGUUGGGUAUGUACAACUAUCACUUGAAUCAGGUGAAAAUGGUAUAGAGAUCAAUACUUGGAGAGUUAUAUGGGCUUGAUAAUAAUGGGGCCAUCCAAAGGAAAAUAUACUCGUUAUUUUGUGGAUCACCGUACAGUCAGAGUGAAUGGAGGGAGAGGUGGUGAUGGAAUAUGCACCUUCCACAGUGAACCCCGCAAAGAAUUUGGAGGACCUGAUGGUGGAAAUGGAGGGGAUGGAGGACAUGUUAUUUUAAAAGUUGCUCGGCAAAUAAAAUCACUGUCCUCUAUUGUAUCCCUUUAUCGCGGCAAUAAUGGAGAAUCUGGCGGAAGUAAAAACUGUUACGGAAAAAAGGCACCUCACACUUACGUAUUGGUGCCGAUUGGUACUGUAGUCAAAGAAAAUGGGAAGGUCGUGGCUGAUCUGUCAUCUCAUGAAGAGGAAUAUGUCGCUGUCUAUGGGGGACUUGGUGGCAAGGGCAAUCGCUUCUUUCUGUCAAAUGAAAAUCGGGCACCAAUGACUGCUACUCCUGGGGACCUUGGUCAGGAACGGGUCUUGCAGCUGGAGCUCAGAACCAUUGCUCAUGCUGGGAUGGUUGGUUUUCCCAAUGCUGGAAAAUCCUCUCUUCUGCGAGCAAUCUCAAAUGCCCGGCCAGCAGUAGCAGAUUACCCAUUUACUACAUUAAACCCUCAUGUUGGUGUGGUGCAUUAUCAAGACUUUGAGCAGAUUGCAGUUGCAGAUAUCCCUGGAAUCAUCAGAGAAGCUCACAGAAACAAAGGCCUAGGAAUUGCCUUCCUGAGACACAUUGAACGUUGCCGCUUUCUACUGUUUGUGCUCGAUCUUUCAAAGUCAGAUCCCUGGCAGCAGCUGGAAGAUUUAAAGUAUGAACUGGAGCAAUAUGAUACAGGAUUAUCAGAGAGACCAUUUUGUAUAAUUGGGAACAAAAUAGACCUUCCAGAGUCCAAAGCCAACCUUGUUCUGCUUCGAGAAAAGUUAAGGAAGCGUGUAAUAAUUCCAGUAUCAGCACUAACUGGUGCAAACAUUGAAGAACUUAUAUUGCAUCUCAGGGAACUUUAUGAUGGAUACCUGGAGGACGCCCAGAUUAAAGGUUGCAUGCCAGUCAAAUGGUAAAAUUAUACUUGAGGAAAUAUAUAUCCAAAAUAAAUUAUUAAACUGGUCAAAAAA